GAUACUCAUAGCCACGAAGACAUGAAGCAUCUGUCGCUCCUGUUGGUGAGUUGGUGCUCCAGCAUCCUUGCAGUGACCAGCAGCGUCAAAGUUGAUGGAAAAUGUUUGACUGACUAUCGGGUCACAGUUACCUGUGUGUUGAACAUCACUGGUAAUCCUCAAGAACAGCCUGUCAACAGCCUGAAAUUCACUCUCUAUGAUUAUUAUGAUAAGCGGAAGGAGGAGAUCUCUUGUCCAGUUGAGGUGAUGAGUGAGAGUCAGAGCUACGUCUGUAAACUCAAGAAUGACUCUGAUACUUUUGACAGUGAUGAUUCAUAUGUCAUCAAACUUUGUCAUGAAUCUGGCUGCUACAAUGUAACAAAAGAGCCUUUUCAACCAUGUGUGAACAUUCAGCUGACACCACCACUUAUAACCGAGGUCCAACAAACACCAGAGACGAUUAACAUCUCUUGGAUAAAUGGAUAUGAAGACCACGUGUACCUUCGCGAUGUGCCUACCUACGAACUCUUACUUGAAUCAUCUUUAAAGGGGGAGAGCAAAACUCUUCGUUCCAAUUCCCAACGAAUGUCUGAAUCAGUUCAAAGAUCACAGCUUAAAGAAGGUGCUACAUAUUGUAUCAAAGUGAAAUCUAUUGUUCAUUUUGAUGUUUAUGAGGGAACUUGGAGUGAAUGGAGUCCAUCAACAUGCAUACAAAAUGGUGCAGGAGAAGAACAAGAUAAUAUAUUAGUCAUUUUGACCAAAACUCUGGGCCCACUGUGUGUGGCUAUUGGAGUCCUGCUGUUUGUAUUCUACAGUCCUGCUGUGAGAAUGAAGAUAAAAACUCUGUCCCACACACCGUCGCCUGCCCCGUUCUUCAAAACACUUUUUCAGCAACAUGAAGGCAAUCUCCAGGAAUGGCUUUCACCUCAAGGCCAAAUUAUGCUAACAUACAAACCUGAGGAGAUCUUGACCCUUGAUUGCGUGAUCGCUUCACCAAAACCAACAAGAAAGGACCCAGAGGAGAACCAGGUCUUCAGCAUCCCUGCAGUAACACAACUGGCAUUCACUCAGUGUCCAAGCUCCUAUGUUGGUCUACCCGUGAUACAUGAGGCCCCUCCGCCCAUGACUAUGGUGUGUCCAUCAGACAUGUCUUACACUCAGCUCCCUUGCUCUGUCUGGGGGGUUGGCUUUGGAGCAGUCCAAGUUGCCUCCUCUCCACCUGAAGACAUCCUCAGCAUCAGCAGUGCAGACUCUGGCUGCACCUUUGAGGACCUGACCCAAAGCCCAGAGUGCAGUGUCCCAAACAGUCCUGCUGAUGACAGCCCACCACCAUGCAUCGGCACUGAUUACUGCAUCCUCAAUAAAACAGCAGAGGGUUUUGCUCCUGUUUUAGUGUCCAAAGGAAGCAGCGUAAAUGUUCCACCUGAUUCCCUGCAAGAGGUGAAGAGCUAGAAUAAGAAGUGAGUCUGUCCGUUGGUUUGUGCAAAGCAAAAGUCACAAGACUAAUGAUGCUGAUCAUAAUAGCUGUAUAUUGCAUUGCAGGAAACUUUAUAUCACGCUUACUGUAUGUUUUGCAAUCCAGAUAGUACUUCAUAGCUAGCCAGUGCAGGUUUCUGUGAUUGUUUGCCUUGAAUUCACUGCACCAUCAUUCCCCUGACAUCACACUCAGGGUGGGGAGCUUGAAAGGAUAAUAUUGUGUUCCAGUUUAGAAGUUGUGUAAACGUCAGGAAUCUGACAAAAUGCUGGCCGCCUGGUGAGUACGGUUUAUGUAAAGCAGGCUUCUGCCAUGGCUAAUUUGAUAACGUAACACUUGGCACAUUUGCCAGACUGACUGCAGCAUGAAACGACGUGAAUGUGCUUAAUUUUUUACCUUAGCUGUCUAUGAUACAAUGUUUUUGGGUUUUUAUAUUAUGCAUAGUUGAUUUUAUUUUUCAUUAACGGGGCAUUUUAUCAUCUCUGAAUUCAAAAUUACAGCAGUCCAAUGCUUGAAGAUAUUCCAUGGACCACCAUGCAUCUUUAAAUUGUUUGUUUUUAUCAGUGCAGUGGAAACUAGAGACAUGUUGCCUGGAUGAGGCUGCCUGGCACUGCUGCUGAAUUUAACAG